AUGUCGUUGUUCUUCUUCUCCUCAGAGAUGCUGCAGUUCGUCAGCAACCAGGUGGGGGAUUUCCCCGAUCUGUUUGAGGAUCAGAUGGCCUCAGCAGGCUCAGGACAGAGUGGGGGGGCCAACACGGCUCCACGACCUGCCGUUCAAACCCCACAAACCCCCCAAACUCCUCAAACUCCUCAAACUCCUCCAACUCCACAGAUUCAACAGACUCCCUCCCCUUUGGUCUACCAGACCUCCACAGUUGGCCUCGCCCCCUCCCAGACUCUCUCUCCUCAGUAUCUCCCCCUCACCCNGACCCCCUCCCCCCCAAGCGUCCCCUCUGUGCAGGUACAGGUGACCCGCACCCCCCCUCUCCUCCAGCCACGCCCUCAGAUGGUUCAGCCCAUCCAGCCUCAGCCCCUACAGACAGCGCAGCCCACCAUCCAGAUGCACACCCAGGGGAUCCAGAUGCAGACACAGAGCUUCCCGGUGCACACGUUGGUUCAGACCCACAGCCAGACGCCGCUGCCCAUCCAGACCCAGGCUCAAACCGUGAUGAUCGCCUCCAACGGCGGACAGUCGCGCUUCAUCCAGAGCCCCGUCAUCUGCCACCAGAGCCAUAACACUAGUUUCCAAGAAGGGGACAUCCUGGCGAUGAACCGAUGCCAGUCUGGUCUGUAUGGUAGGCAUUACGUCCUCCAACCACAGAUGCAGAGCAUAAUGACAUCACCACAGCUCCAACCAAUGACCAUUCAGCACCAGCGCGUCCUGACCCCCACCUGUCAGACCAUCCAGACGCUCUCUGCUGCGCCCACCACAGUGCACGCCAUGCAGCAGCUACCUAUCCAGAUGCCUAUUGACAUCUUCAUGAGCCAUGACUGGCCUCGUGGGAUCUACCGCCAUGGAAGUACGGGGGAGUUGUUGAGGAAGAAGAAGUUUCUGCGUCAGGAAGUGGAGUCCAACACUUUGGGGAGUCCUGCUGCGGAGGAGCUGCUGGCUCACCUGCAGCCCAACUACUGGUUCUCUGCUCACCUGCAUGUGAAGUUUGCUGCCGUUAUGCAGCAUCCG